GAAACGUCAUCGCUGGGCCAGUUCCCGUUGCCACUCCCGCCCGAAGCUAGGACUCAUCCUGAGCCGCCCGGCCCCAGGUCUCACCCCCGAGCCGCCAAGCCCCAGGACUCACCCCGAGCCGCCCGGCCCCGAACCGCCACGCCCCAGGUCUCACCCCGAGUCGCCCGGCCCCAGGUCUCACCCCGAGUCGCCCGGCCCCAGGUCUCACCCGAGUCGCCCGGCCCCAGGUCUCACCCCUAGUCGCCCGGCCCCAGGUCUCACCCCUAGUCGCCCGGCCCCAGGUCUCACCCCGAGUCGCCCGGCCCCAGGACUCACCCCGAGCCGCCAGACUUCGAUCCCGGGCCCACCCGAGCCGCCCGGCCCCGAACCCCGAGUCGCUAGGCCCUAAGCCGCCAGGCCCCGCUCCGAUCCCGGAACCAUGGGAAUAGCCUUCUCGCAGGUACUGAGCAAACUCUUCGGGAAGAAGCAGAUGCGGAUCCUGAUGGUGGGACUUGAUGCAGCUGGUAAAACUACAAUUCUGUACAAGCUGAAACUGGGUGAGGUUGUCACCACCAUUCCAACAAUUGGUUUCAAUGUGGAGACUGUGGAGUACAAGAAUAUCUGCUUCACUGUGUGGGAUGUUGGAGGUCAGGAUAAAAUCCGUCCUUUGUGGAGGCACUAUUUCCAAAACACACAGGGCCUGAUCUUCGUUGUGGACAGCAAUGACCGAGAGAGAGUGCAGGAAUCGGUAGAUGAACUACAGAAAAUGCUGCAAGAGGAUGAGCUGAGGGAUGCAGUGUUGCUGAUAUUUGCAAACAAGCAGGAUUUGCCAAAUGCCAUGGCAGUUAAUGAGCUCUCGGAGAAACUGGGAUUACAGCGCAUGCACAGCAGAACUUGGCACAUACAGGCCACAUGCGCCACUCAGGGCUCAGGUCUGUUUGAAGGACUGGAUUGGUUGUCCGCCGAGCUGUCCAAACAAUAGAAGAACCAGCUUCAUCCACUAUCCCGCCUACAUCAGUGUGUCAACUGCUAGGACUUGAACUCAAGGACUUUAACAAUAGCUUCCUUUCCUAACUCUUCUAUUCUAUCCCUUAAUUUGCUUUCCAUCUCAUGCUUGUCAACUCUUUAAGGUGCAUGUUUUUUUUAAUUUAAAUCAAAGUUUGGAUAGGAGUGAUCCCCUCAUUCAGUAAUGGAUGGAUGCCCCCUUGCAAAACUAGUUCAAGGAGUGACAGCAUCUGUAGUCUCUUAACUAUGAGUUAGAACCUUUGCUUGUGACUGAGUGAGAACUUUGCACCCAGCUCCCAACUAUAGUUUCUCACUGCAGUUCUAAACUUAUGUCCUAACAACUGGAUGAACAACAUCUGCACAGCAUCUUGCUGUGUUUGUUUAACCUUCUGAUUUUGGACCAUAGAGUAUUUUAAAUGGUUGUUCAACACACAGUGAAACACUCCCUCUUCAGCGUUCCACAGAAUAUGCACAUUGUUUAAGAGGAUUCCAGCGAAGGAAGAAGUUUUGCAGAUGUGAAUUGUGAUGCUUUCUAAUGCUGCAGAUGCUAAGUUGGAUGUAGGAGCAGUGAUGACCAUGGCUAUAUUGUUUCAGGAUUAGGGAAUAUGUGGACACUUGGAUCCUUGCUCACUCAAUGGUUAAGCUGUAGCUUGGAGAAUGGGCUUAUAAUCUGCAUUUGUGAGGAGUGCCAAUUGUAAGAUGAACAAACUCCUCAAUCAAAUCAUAGUUUUCAGAGUAAUUCCCUUUUAACCUAACUGCAGCCUUCACCUGUUAACUGAACAAGCCAACUUUCUUUCCAUUUAGCUAAACUUCACCCUGCGCAAAGGAGCUUUAUACCUUCAGCCUUUUCAAGCGGUUUCUUGAUCUUCCCUCUUCCUUUUGGUGACGGGCUUAUGUGUCUCCUCCCUGGUAUAUCCCUGAAGGACAGGAUUCCACUGUUGGCAUUCUCCCAUCGGUGCAACAAAGGGCCACUGCAGUGAGCUCUGGUCUGAUGCCACUUCUGUGCAAAUUCAGACCUUGGUAGGAAGUGCUUUUUGAAUGGAAUUACAUCACUUCAAACUACAAGAAUUUGUAUAUUUUACUUUGUGGCUGUGCUUUUGUUUUUCUUUUCAAUUUAGGAAUAAACUAUCAGGUUACAAAGGGCACUGGUUUGCUGUUUUAAUGGCUCAAGGGUAAAUCAUAAUUUCCACAAUUGUACAGAGAAAACAGUUAAUUGUCUCUUUGAGACAAAUAUAUAUAUGGUUUAAAAAUACAGCCAAAUCUUAAAUUGUAUGCAUGGAGCAUUUACCUCAUCCUGCCAUGGCAUCGUACUUGUGCUAAUGUUAUAAUGAUGGGGAGCCCUUCUGAAAUUCCCCUUGUGUGUUAAUGUAAUGUUCUUUUGGUUAUGUAAACACUUUCUGUGCUUUAGAUGCUGUAAACACACCUGCAAAUGUAUAUUGCGUUCCCUGUGGAGACUGUGAUCCUGAUAACUGGCAUUGUUACAAACAGUAAAUCAGUGAGCUGAAGCAAACCAUAUUGAACGUAACUAAAGGCAUAGUAUCUUUUCUGAAACAUUGAUUCAAUCUUAAUAAAGGCCUUUUCAGAAACA